GAACCAGCCAACAAGGAUUGGAGUUUAAAGUUUUCAGCUGUUGAACGAUGAAUCGUUUGUAGCAAGUAUUCUGUUGGAAAUUUCUGGACCAGUAUCCGCCAUGUCUUUGAGCAAGACCCUCGAGCUGGAACACUUCGACGAACGCGACAAAGUUCGCAGAGGACGUUCCCCUCGCACCAAGAGAGAUGACUCCACCAGUACUAUUGGCGGCGGCGGGGGAUCAGGGCCAAGCUCCCGGGGAAGCAGCCUGGUCCCUAGCCCGGCCCACAGCGCCAACUGCAGCUACUACCGGACCCGAACCCUGCAGGCGCUCACCUCGGAGAAAAGGGCCAAAAAGGUUCGGUUCUAUCGCAACGGAGAUCGGUACUUCAAGGGUCUGGUGUACGCGGUCUCCAGCGAUCGGUUCCGCUCCUACGACGCGUUGCUGAUGGAGCUGACGCGCUCGUUGGCGGAUAACCUGCAUCUGCCGCAAGGCGUGCGCACGAUCUACACUAUAGAUGGCAACAAGAAGAUCACGAGUAUGGACGAACUAGUGGAAGGCGAGUGCUACGUCUGUGCGUCCAACGAGCCGUACAGGAAGGUCGACUACACGAAGAUCGCCAUCCCGAGCUGGAAGCCGGGGGCCAGCGGCGGACCCGGCGCCACCGGCUCGCCCCGGCCCUCCACGGCGUCCACGGGCGUGUCCGCGAGCACCGGCGUCACCUCCAAAGAGCGCCCCGAGAGUCGGGAGGGCCGAGAGAGCAAAGACUUCAUCAAGCCCAAGCUGGUGACGGUGAUCCGGAGCGGCGUGAAGCCCCGCAAGGCCGUGAGGAUCCUGCUGAACAAGAAGACGGCGCACUCCUUCGAUCAGGUGCUCGCCGACAUCACCGAGGCCAUCAAGCUGGACUCCGGGGCCGUCAAGAGGCUGUACACGCUGGACGGGAAACAGCUCACCUGUCUGCAGGAUUUCUUCGGUGAUGACGACGUGUUCAUGGCGUGCGGGCCGGAGAAGUUCCGCUACGCUCAGGACGACUUUGUGCUCACACACAGCAGCAAAACGCCGACUUUUGUAAACGACUGCAGAACUAAAGGAACUCGCUCCAGCACUCCCUCGAAAACUCCAACUCCCAAGAUCCCUAGCGGCUCGGGCUUCUCCUCGUCCAGGACUUCACCUAAAGGCCCGCCCAGAACGAAGUCUCCAGGCCCGGCCAAUGAGGCGUCAGGAUCACAGUCAGCAGGGAAGUCUUCCAGGUCGAGCCCCUCCCCCACCAGCCCCGGGACCCGCCGCAGCCUCAAGAUCUCUCCUCGUCGUUCCUCCUCCACGGAUGUGAACGGAGAGGCCGAGCAGCCGGACGACGCUGAAGUAGAAGUGAACGGGAACCGCUCGGUUUCUUCCUCCAUCAUCAACGAGAAGUACCAGGUCGGCAAAGUGAUCGGGGACGGAAACUUUGCCGUGGUGAAAGAGUGUGUGGAGAGGUCGACGGGUCAGGAGUACGCUCUGAAAAUAAUCGACAAAGCUCGCUGCUGUGGGAAGGAGCACCUGAUAGAAAACGAGGUGGCGGUGCUGCGGCGGGUUCGACAUCCCAGCAUCAUCGAGUUAAUCGAGGUGGAUGAAACUCCGAGUCAGCUCUUCCUCGUCAUGGAGCUCGUCAAGGGUGGCGACCUGUUCGACGCCAUCACCUCCUCCACAAAGUACAGCGAGCGCGACGCCAGCGCCAUGGUGUUCAACCUGGCCGGCGCCAUCAAGUACCUGCACCGAAUGAACAUCGUCCACCGAGACAUCAAACCUGAGAACCUGCUGGUGUGCGAGUAUCCAGACGGCACCAAGUCUCUGAAGCUCGGGGACUUUGGUUUGGCGACGGUGGUGGAGGGACCUCUGUACACGGUGUGCGGCACGCCCACGUAUGUCGCCCCGGAGAUCAUCGCCGAGACCGGCUAUGGUCUGAAGGUGGAUAUCUGGGCAGCUGGAGUGAUCACAUACAUCCUGCUGUGUGGAUUCCCUCCAUUCAGAAGUGAGAAUAAUGUGCAGGAGGAGUUGUUCGAUCAGAUCCUCAGAGGGAAGCUGGAGUUUCCGUCUCCAGACUGGGACACCAUCAGCCUGCCAGCAAAGAUGCUGAUUAGUCAGAUGCUGCAGGUGAACGUGGACACUCGUUUCACCGCCGAGGAGGUCCUGGCACACGCCUGGGUGACGGAUGAGGCUCCCGUAGACUCCAACACCGUGAGCAGCAAUGAAGACCCGACCAUUGGAGACGCACUGGAACCAGAGCCGGAAUCCCCAAUACUGGAGACCAAACAAGUUCCUUCACCUCUGGUUUAAUCAGGGUCCCCCUUUCAUCAGCUGGUAACACGUGAAAAUAAAGGGAAUGUUUUAUCCAAUGGGAAUCUAGAAAGCUCCCACACCGCUGGACCAGAUUCGCCCUGGGAACCCAACGAUAUGAACUCUUCAAUAAAAAACGGAAGAAACUGAAUCAGACAAACAGCUGUUCUGGGAUUUCUUUUCACCAACUGGAAACCCAAACCACUUCCGAACCAGAACCCAUCUUGUUGUACCUACUUGGAAAAAAAACAAGUUCCCUCACCACUGUCUGAACUAUUUUUCUUUCUGUCUAAUGGAAAGUGAACAGAACAAGUCUCAUCUCGUCUUCUGAAGGUUUUCCAAUGACUCACCCAAACCAGUUCUAUACUUUAAAGUCUGAACCACCUCCCCCAGUCUUUCCCUUAAAACUGAACACAUUUCCCUAAAUCUGAUAUGGAGUACAUCCAGUUUAAUCGAUUAGAAACCAAAAAAAGUAGCUACUUAUGGAAACCAAGCAUUUGGCCAGGUCUAGACUUAGACGAGACCUGGCCAAAACUUUUGCUUCUGAUGGAAUUGUCAUGUUGCUUUAACUAGAUGCUGAUCCAGUUCCUUACUCCAGAUUCCGUCGGUUUUGCUCAACAAGUUCCCUUAAAUCUGGUCUAAAUCUCAUGCUGGUCUUUCUCUGAAAAGUUCAGUUCCCUCAACUCUGCAGACCGGAAACCAUCAUAUUUCAUCUUUUGGAAACUAAAUAAUCUCUGCUCGCGAUUAUGUCCAGUUUCUGGUUCUUGCAACCAAAUUAUCUCUGUCAAAUUUGGUGUUGAAGGGUUGGACCUGAUCUUCCACGGAUGAACAAAUUAGUUUUCUCAGCUCCUGAGUUUGAACACAACAGGCAUUAUCUACUUGAAACCAGACAAGCUCCCGCACCACUGUUAUACUGUAGAAUACAAGUUCCUUCAAAGUACCUACCAAUAUCUUGAAUAUGGAACCAGUUCUGUUUCCUCCACUGGACGCCAAACAAAUUCCAACAUCUUUGGUCGAGAACAGAUCCCGUUCAUGUUCAGGGCAUUUUCCCUUUUUUUUUGUAAAUUCCUGGAAAACCAAACUGGCUCCUACGUCUUUGGUCUAGUAGAGAUCCCCUUCAACAAUCGGCAAACCAUACAAGUACUCCCAUCCAGGGUCUAGAACCUGGUUUAUUGGAAACCAAACCAGUCCAUUGCCACUAUUGUAAAAUAUUCCAUAACAAUUGUUGGGAAACAAACCAGUUCUGUUGAAGUACCUUCCAGUACAUCAUGUAUAGAACAAGUGAGGGGUUUAAUCCACUGGAAAUCCCAAAUCUCCAGUCUAGAACUUGUCAUUUAUUUUGCAUAAUUUUCUUAACUGGAAACCAAUCACGUCCAGCUCCUCUGGUCUGGAACCAUUCCUGUAUUAUCCACUGAAAAUCCCAUCCAGGGUCUAGAACCUUUCUGUUCACUUUUUUUGAUAUACUGGAAACCAAACAAAGUCCAGUCUUCUGGUUUAGAACCAGUCCAGUCUGAUCUCCCCCGGAAACAAAACAAAGUCAUUGUUUUAACUUUUUGAUUUACUAGAGAGUCCUAACCCCGAAUUCCUGGUUAGUUAUUGGGUCUACCGAACAACAAAUGUAUUUCUGUGUUCUCAAAGACUUUUUAUCUACUGGAAACUGAGCAGGAGUCCUCGUCUUAACCUUCGAAACAUCCUUUUUACUGGAAAGACUCCAGGAAUUGUAUCCUGGAAACUGUCCUCGUCUCUGGUCUGGACCACUACUGAAGACUUUCUGAAGUCCUGUCUCUGCUGCCAAACUGGAAAAUAUGUAGACUCUGUUUUAUGAGCUCCAUCAAACAUCUGUUGGACGACUGACAGAGAAGUCAUCUUAUGUUUCACUGGACACUAAUGAAGGCAUCUCACUGAUGCUUUAAAGAAACUCAUCAUACCAACACCGGGACACUCUGCUGUUGGACACAUCCUGUUUCAUCACUCAGUGUCUCGUGGGACUGGACCCAUUUUCUGGCCUGAAUGAUAAACUAGGAGGCUUUAAAAAAGGCCUGAACCACUUUAGAGAUUUAAACAACUGAUCAGUUAACAAAUGUUCCCUCUGGUUUUGGGAUUAUUUCCUCUGAAGUCCCUGCCUCGUGGGGACCUGGAUGUCUUCCAUUUGUUCUGGGAAACGUCGCAUUUCUCCUGCCUUUUACCCUCCACAGACCUGAAAGACGUUCCUCAUUUGUGAAACUUGGCGCCGACAUGUCCAAGACAUUUGAGUUCUGUGCCUGUUGACGCUGCUGAUGAUUCCCUCUAAUGAUCCUAAAAUCACAGCUCUGUCAGACUUGUCAGCACAAGUCGUUGACUGGAUAGACAGACUCGGCUCAUUGUUUUUGGUUUGUACAAUUAUUUGGUUGAAGUACAUCUUGGAUUCGGAAAGCUGACUUUGACAUCAAGUAAAAAUCUCUCUGAACUUUAGUGGGAAGGUAAAGCUUGGUGUAUGAGCUGGAGGCGAUUUUCCUAGCUUCCCAAACAGGAAGGCUUAAGAAAAAGGGAAAAUCGACAAACCAUGCAAAAUCGUCAAACAUCAAAAAUCGGCCUAUCAAAACGCCUAGACUUCUUCAGUUAAUACUUU